GGAAGGUGGGAGGUGUUGGAGAUUGAAUGGAAAGGCAUCAAAAGUACCUAAGGUGGACCCUCAUUUUGCACUCAUUGGAUUAAUGAGACAAAAGUCCAUUCUCAUCCCUCUCCCCUCUUCAUUUUCGGCCAAGCUACAGCAAGAAGAGAAAGAAAACUCUUCUUCUUCCUUCCUCCAUUGUUGAAGAGAGCUCAUCAAAGAAGAAUCACCCAAAAAGGAGCUAAAGUGCUAAAAGUGUGAAAUAAUUAAGGCACUUGUAAAGGGUAUUUCAAGUGAUUUCACAAAGUUGGAAAAGUCGCCGGAGUUGUCGCCGGAGUUGACCAAAAGUCGCCGGAGUUUCACCGGAGUUCAACCAAGAAGGGUGGAACUUCAUAACACUAGUUCAAGGUUGAAGCUAGGGCUUGCUACUUGCACCUUCUCACGGGUGGUAUCAAAUCAGGAAGACGUGAAAUGGAGGGCAGGCGAAUGCGAACCAGGAACAAUCCGAGGGGGCAGACGCCGGUAGCAUCCCAAAGGGGGAGCCGGGCUGCAUCUCGGGGUUCAAGAGGAGGCCGUGGAGGCCGUGGAAGCCGUGGAGGUCACCAAGCUCAAACUGUGAGUGAGGGCCAUGUAAGCUCGGUGUAUGAAACCAACACCGAAGACUACGACUCUACAUAUGUUCCGGAAACGGAGCACGAGGAGACCCCAUAUGAUGGGGGUGACACAUACACCGAUGAUGAUGAUGAAGAGAGUGAUGCCAAGUUCGCCCAAAUGGGCGAAUUGCUUGAGUGGUAUCAAAAAGAAAAGUUGAGGAGAGACCUUAGGCGCCAAGCAAGGCGUGGCUCUCGCGGUGGUUCGGGUCAAGGAAGCCGGGGAGCUUCAAGAGCCACUCCCGUGGCGCCACACGAUGGGCGUGAAGGAGGUUUUUGUGUGAGAAUCUCCAAGUACCUCAAGGAGGCUAGGGCCUUGGGGUGUAAGUCCUUUGACGGCACCGGUGACAUUACCGUUGCCGCCGAUUGGAUAAAGAAGGUGAAGGAUGCGGCAAAGGACAUGCAAAUUUCACCGGACGUGAAGUUGACUGUU